CGCGCCCCUCGAGCCGCUCUGCUCGUGACCACAGGAAGUGAUGCAGUGCACGGUGAUAAAUCUGUGUCCUGUGACUCAUGCUGGGUGAAGAUGUUUACCUGGAGACACACUAGGAGCUCUUCUACAUACUUGGUGUAAUCCGGGAAGCGAAAUGGAUCCUUCUAGAAGAAGUGAGAGCGACUGGCAAGGGCUAGUGAACGAGUUCCUGGUGUGUAAGAGAAAGCUGGAGAGUAAGAAGGAGGCGCUGCUGAUUCUGUCCAAAGAGCUGGAUACCUGCCAGCAGGAGCGUGACCAGUUUAAGCUGAUGGCCAAUCAGCUGCGAGAGCGCCACCAAGUGCUGAAGAAGAAAUACAGAGAGCUUAUUGACGGUGACCCGACUUUACCACCAGAAAAAAGGAACCAAGUGAAUUUAGCACAGCUGCUGCGUGAUGCUGAGGGGAAGAACAGAAAGCUGAGUGAUGAACUGAAAGAGCUGAAUCAGCGAUUAGUAGAGGUUCAAGGUGACAACAAGCUGCUGAGGAUGACCAUCGCUAAACAACGCCUCGGUGAUGAAGAGGUCGGGGUUCGCCACUUUCCGGCCCACGAGAGAGAAGAUCUCGUACUGCAGCUGGAAAAAGCUCGAGAGCAGAACUCGGAGCUGGAGCAGAGCGUGAAGGCGGCCGUGGACGAGCUGCAGGACGUGCGAGCAGAAAGAAACGUGUAUCAGGAGAAAGCUCACCGCCUCAACAUCGAGCUCAACCACAUCCUGAGACGCCACGACGGCCGGUUCCUAGACGUGGACGCUCUGUGUAUGGAGAACAGAUACCUCCAUGAACGCUUUGUACAGCUUCAAGAAGAAGUCUCUCUCCUCAAAACCAAUCUGAUGAAGUACAAGACUGCACUGGAGAGUAAGAAGAACUGUAAAGUGUACGGCAAGACCAACAGUAGUGCACUGACUGGAGUGCUCUCAGCUAAACAAGUUCAGGAACUGCUGCUGUCCGAGGAAAACGGCUGCAGUCUGCCGGUGACGCCGCAGUCCAUCAGCGACCUGAAGUCUUUAGCCACAGCGCUGCUGGAGACCAUCCACGAGAAGAACAUGGUCAUUCAGCACCAACGCCAGACCAACAAGAUUCUGGGUAACAGAGUAGCAGAACUGGAAGGGAAGCUGAAAGCGCUGGAGAUGUCCGGACUGUGGAGUUUGCCUGGCAUUACCUAUAACGUGUCUGUGGGACUGGGGAGUAUGUUUCUUCUCCUUCUGCUUAAAUAUUUCUUUCUCGUGUUUGUCAGAACGCUUGUUCGUAUACUGUAUAAAGGCCGUGUGGAAUCUACCUGCAGUUUAACUAGUGAUGAACUGAAGUGCGAUUUAUUGACAGGAGGACGAGACGUGAUUAUUCUGAGAGAACACCAGCGAGUCCAGACGUCGGCGGGUCACGCGGUGCGACUGCGGCGCGGCUCCGGGGGUGAGACUGUACAUCACUCACUGAUCCUGGAUCACAGGAACAAAGUCAUGCUUUCCAAUUUGGAUGAAGUACAAAACGGAGACGAAGAGGUCGUAACCGGAGAGGAAGUGACAGAAGACACGGCUCUUACUGCUGAGGAGUUUUCCAGGCCACAUCAUCAUCAUCAUCAUCAUCAUCACAGCACAGUCUGUUUAGAAACAACACACACGUCCGAAUCCAGCAGACCGAACCGUCUUACAGAAACCUCCAGCAGCUCACAGAAGAGUCCUGCGAAGGCUUUAACACAUGAGCCAGAAACAAUACACAGUGAGAAAGAUCUGGCAACCCAGGACCAUGCUAGCACAAGCACGCCUCCAGCAACGGAUGCUAGGAAAGUGGGCGGAGCUCAAGCCACAAGUUCUGAGGACAGUCCUGAUAUUCCGAUGGAAGGAUCAGAGAGAGACGUAUGUGACGAGACGGUGUGUGACACGGAGCGCUCAGGAACGUCUGAACCCAGAACAGAGGAGAUCACAGAGGACACGAUGAGAGAAGACACAUAGAACACACAACUCUUAAUGAAACACUGCACCCUAACACACAAUCACGGCUUCUACACUUUUGCAAUGCGUCUUUUACGAUAAGUUCAUGCUCUCGUAGCCUUCAUAACCAAUCAGUCAGUUUUUUUUUUGGUCUUGCUAACGUAUCUGUAAGAAACAUUAAUUCUCCUGAUGUCCAUCUUCCCCUGUUAAAAAACACAAAUUUACAAAGAAGGAACACAAACUUUAUCUCAAGCGCAUAAACACCGUGUCACUCGCUAGCGAGUCGACUCUUCGAACAGAUCUUUUAAGCGAGUUGACUCAGGUACACGUUUCUCCGGUACAAGUCGUCUUACUUUUGUCGUGUUUUAAUCAAAACGUUUCCACAGAUCGUAAGAUUUUAUGCCAAGUGUCCGGCUAAAGUUAGACAAAGGAGAACAAUUAUGUUUGUUUUAGAAAAAAUAUGACAAGUGAGUCAUUUAAGAACUGAAAUAGUUGACUUUUAUUGGUCAAAUGAAGUAAAUAGAGAAAACAGCUUUAAAAGCUAAUAGUCUUGGGUAUAUUAAAAAAAAAGGUUAUUUUUUGUUUAUUACUACACUUUAUUAACCCAACACUGAUACUGAUAGCGAUUCGAUUAACACCGAAAAAUCAAAUCAAGUGCAUCUGUGUUUGUAUGCGUCUGUUUUUCAGAGAUUCACAUGUGAUAAAACAUUUUUAAAAUCCUACGCACGACAGACUUCGGAGGAAAAGACAAGAUAAACAUUUUUAAAUGUUUACACCGAUGGACUGUGGCUCGUUAUAAACAGGAUGUUGGACAGAACAAGUUUCAGGUGACUUAGCAAAAGUGUUACUCUGUGUGUCAAACAAGAUCGGAUCACACAAACACAUGCUGAAGUCCACGGUGAUAGAAACACACACUACAGUAUGUAAGGAACAUCAUCAGUGUUCAGUGUGGUGUGAUAAAAAGGAGUUACUGGUUUAUUCCUCUUACAUCACUGCACCUUCCCAGUGCUGUUUAUCCAUUUAAACAAUUACAUACAUUACAUUUAAUGUCGUGAAACGUCGUCUCACAAAGCGCUGACACUGGAGACUCCUUCCAUAAAAUGUUAAAUAAACAUCAAAGACAUUAAAGAAAACAUCGCUCUAAGUUUACACGAGUUCUUUUUAACCUGUUUGUGUGGAGCGACUGCCGUACGAGUCACUGUGAGCCAUUAAUACUGAAAAUUCUCUUAUGCCAAAAAAACACCUUCUGAGCCAUCAGAAGACAGAUUUCAGUAUUAAUUGAACAAAUCCGAAGGAUCGUCGUCCUCAGGCUGUUCGUUACAGCAGCGUUUUUUACACAUCACCGUGGUAACGCCGUA